AUGCUGGCUGCUGGGCUUGUAGCCCUAGCCUCUCGUACCGCAGCUCAGGUGGCCAGUGUCUGCCCCACAACAGAUGUCUGCUUUAAACUGAACAUCCCUGAGAAUACGGCCUCUUCUGGCAAUGGAGACAUCUUUUUCCAACUUUCCGCUCCAGCCACGUACAACUGGGUCGCUUUGGGCCAGGGCUCAAGCAUGUCCGGAGCAAAUAUAUUCGUGGUAUAUACAGCCGGCAACGGAAACGUGACUAUAUCACCACGUUUGGGAACUGGACAUAGCAUGCCACAAUUUAACAGCGACGCGCAAGUGGCCUUGCUGGAAGGAUCGGGAGUCUCGAAUGGGAAAAUGGUCGCCAACGUGCGCUGUUCAAGUUGUAACAGCUGGUCGGGUGGCUCUGCAAGCUUCUCAGGAAGUAACGGUAAUUGGAUCUACGCCACUAAACAGUCUGGAGGUGCCCAGGAUACUACUUCACAGUCUGCAAAUAUUGAUGAGCAUGACAACCAAUCCACAUUUCAAUGGUCAUACGCCAACGCCAAAGGCGGGAACAGUGUCAACCCUCUCGUAAACGCAGGAAGUUCGGGAUCCGGAAAUACAAGCGGAGGAAGCGGAGGCGCUACUACGAGCUGUGUACCCCGACAAGCUGGAGCUGUUGGAACUGGGACUGCGACUAAGGGCACCACGACCGGAGGAAGCAGCAGAGCCACAUCAACCAAGAGUGUCGACCAAGAUGACGACUCGUCCUACGGCCGCUCAACGACUUCCCCAUCAGGCUGGACUCGUCCGACUGCCAGACCUACCGGCAACUCAUGGGAAGGCAAUGACAAGAGGGCAUCUCUCGAAGAGCGUCAAACCAUCAACUAUUGCGAUGAGAACGACCCCUCGAACACCGGUUUCACGCCAGUUGCUUCAGACGGUGGAGACAAUUCGCAGAAGAUGCUGAUCGCCCACGGUGUCCUUGGCGCGCUCGCCUUCGUCAUCUUCUUCCCUGCUGGCGCCAUCGCCAUCCGUCUCGCGUCGUUCACUGGUGUCGUUUGGUUCCACGCCGCGUUCCAAGCAUUCGCCUACAUCGUCUACAUAGCAUCUUUCGGGUUGGGUGUUUACAUCGCUGGCGAAGAAGAUUAUCUUUCCGAGGCCCACCCCAUUAUCGGUAUCGUCGUCCUCGUCGUCCUCUUCUUCCAACCAAUUCUCGGCCUGCUGCAUCAUGUCAUGUACAAGAAGCACCACGCGCGUACCGCUUGGUCACACCUACACUUGUGGUUGGGCCGCGUUGCUAUCACACUUGGGAUAAUCAAUGGUGGGCUGGGACUUCAGCUCGCGAAUGACGCCCCGAGGGCUGGUUACAUUGCGUAUGGGGUGAUUGCAGGCGUUGUGUGGCUGGUGUGGGUCGCUGCCAUAGCCCUUGGGGAGAAAAGAAGGACUCGAGCGGCGAAGGAUGCCCAUCUGGCCAAUGCUGGGCAUCCGGCAGCAGGGCACUAUGCGCCAAAGGAGAACGGUACCUAA